CUUUGGGACUCACAUGGCGGCUCUGCAGGACGAAUUUAUGCUUCGCUGUUGCCUCUUGAAACAGUUCAAUGCUUAUUGUUCAAUGCGAGCUCACGUGCCAGGACGACAUAAAAACGCGACUAUCAUGCAUUUUUGCCCCAUCGACCUUUUCUUCCAUACAGCCACCAGCCACGAUAGAUGGGAGUAAUAAGCGAACCUCAGAAUCUCUGGCGUGGAUCGGAAGUCGAACUGCUCCUGCUCUUUGUCGUUAUUAGCUUCAUCAUCUUCUCAAUCGCGCGCGGCCGCUGCGCCCACACCCGAGGACCAUUUAAUAACGACACUCCUCUUAGAAAUGAUAUAAAGAACAUCCAAAAAGAGAUUGAGAAGCUCGAGGUGGAUGAGAGGAAGCUGGCAGAGGAGUACAAGAUGGGCAUGGAUUAUGAUCCUGUAGACGUGUUUGACGAGACAAAAGCGCGGGCGUUUGCCGAGGCAGAAGGGCGGGUCGAGGAAGGCCCCUAUGGCACGAAGCUCCGCGUCCUGGAUAACCUCGGCAAACUUAGGCUGGACCUUGCCGACCUCCAUCGAUUGGCUGGAAACUCUGGUUUCAAAAGCCCUCUGCUAUUUGCGCAAAGUUUGAACUUUGCAUGAGGCCUUCGGCCAAAUUUCAGCACGAUUCACGAGUAUACGGCGGAUACGCCUAAUAACAGAACUAUAAUUGCCUUCCAG